UGUCCACGUCCUUCAAACAGUCCAAGUAAAACAUUUCAAGGCUCGUUGAUUUCAAGUAAGUAAUUAAGUCGUAGAUUAUAGAUUUUGUGUUAGCUUGCCUAAAGAAUCAAUUCCACAUAUUUUAGUUUUUCCUCAUACCUUUGUAUUUAAUAACUUGGUUUUGAUUUAUGUCAAAGAAACUAAACAAUUUAUGAAGCUGUCGCCAUUGGUAUUUAAAUCGGUAAGUAAUAUUAGUUAAGCCUGAAUUACAAUAGCUAAUCGCGUCUGUCCGUCCGUCCGUCCAUCCAUCCAUCCAUCCAUCCAUCCGUCCGUCCGUUCGUUCGUUCGUUCGUCAGCCGCCGACUGAUUUUCAACACUCCGCUCGUGUGUGGUAGUAAUUUUCCAUUUCAAUGCUGACAACUGUUGAGAAAACUUAAAUUUUAGGGAAAAUUCUCUUAUGUAAUUAUAGUUUUAAAAAUCAUACAAAGUUAUUAGUUAACCAAUUAUGUAAACUAAGUACUUAUAAUAACUCAUUAAAUUCAAUUUUUUUUUCCCAUUCUGGUACCUAUUUAUUUUCACAGUUCCAGUGUUACCAUUACCUCGUUUAGGGUAAAAUUUCAAUCCGGAUUGAACCUGGAUUGGAUUGAGUAAUCUAGAUUGAAAUUUUAUUUAAAACACUUUGUUGUAGACUGAAGUUGGAGUGAAGUGAGAUAAUCCACUCCAUUUGUUGAGGUGGACUGGACUGAAGAAUCCGGAUUGAGAUUUUACUUUAAACACGGACUGGAGUGAAAAGAAAACACGCACGAGCAAGCUGCCGCCAUAUUGCAUUGUUUGUUAUUGUUCUCGUUGCAUUUCAGGCAUAAUUUGUGAAAAUCGCAAAAAAAAAAAAAAAAGAGCAGAGGAAUGUGUGGACAGAGAUGGAAGUAGAGUUAUUGUUGGACAUAAUGAUUGAAAAACAUAUUUUAAGACUGAUGGACGGAAAAAAAGUAUAGGAAAGGUGAUAUUUGAGUUGGUGAAGGCAGAAAUGGACAGUGCGGGGUUCAAAAGAACAACAGAACAUAAUAAUUAAAUGGAAAGGACAACAUUUUCAGUCCAUGUUGACUCCAACUUCGAUCUAGUUACAUUUCAAUCUGGAUUGUGAUAUAUACCAUAAACGCAUUUCGUCAGUUUAUGUUCUUUACACAUUCACUCCGAGUUCACUACACUUCAGGUUCAAUCUUAUGGUAUUAGAAAUACUGCGCUCCACUGGUUUACAUCUUAUUUGUCAAAUAGGUUCUUCAUCUGUUUUAUCGUCUUUGCAGACAAUCUCCGUACUGUACUGGGACCAGCAACAGCAGCUGAAAGGAAAGGGUGGACUAUUUUUUUCGUUUAAGAAUCUCACCAUGACUGACGAGUUGCAACACUCUUCAAAAUUUAGAGUGACUGUUGAACCAUUGAUUUUUCUUCUGUUUUUUGGACGGACACUCUCUGCCCCAGUAUUCACUAAUCUUUUUCUGAAGCAAACAUGUUUAGUUACCUUACAAAUGAAUCGUUCUACCUGUGAUUUACUGACUACAGGAAAUAAAACCUUGGAAGAUCUUGUUCAACCUAGCGUCACUGUUAUACAGAUGUUGGUGUCUGUCAUUGAAGCUCUUUCUCCUGCUGUUAUAUCAAUGUUUUUGGGUCCUUGGAGUGAUACCAAUGGACGGAAAUUAUUGUUGAUAGCUCCAGUACUAGGUUUUAUCUUCAAGUACUUAAUGUUCAUAGGAUUUACAUUCAUACCAAAUUUGCAUCCAGCUUAUUUCCUACUAUGCUGUAUUCCUGUGGCUGUCAGUGGGGGAUUUAUUUGUUUAAUAUCAGCUUGCUAUUCAUACAUCACAGACAUCACUUUGCCAGAUGAGCGAGCUCAGAGGUUGGGCUGCUUGGAGAUAGCAAUGUUUUUGGGACUACUAGGUGGAAAUUUGUCUACUGCCCACUUAUAUUCAAGUGCUGGAAGUUUGGGUUACGUGGCAGUUUUUGCUACUUCUGGAAUAAUUUACUGUGUUUCUUUUGUUUAUGCACUUUAUCUACCAGAAUCUCUCCAACGUGUUGAGACAGCUAAACGUGGUAUCCAUUGGAGUCUAAUUAAAGAGCUGUUCAAUGCCUCAUUUUUGAAGCAACCUGGAAGUGGUCGUAUCAUUGUUUUUCUUAUAAUUAUUGUCCUCUCAGCUUACAUCAUUAUUAUUGAAGGUGACUUUUCUGUGCUGUUCCUGUAUACUAAAGUAAAAUAUAACUGGACCAUUUAUGAGUAUUCUAUGUUUAGCAGUUAUGGAUUAUUGUUAUCAACUGUUGGAAUGUUAGUGGGAUUAUGGUUACUGAGCAGACUUCUACAGAUCCCCUCUGCCUUGCUGGCGAUGUUGGGAUUCCUCAGUAAAAUGAUGUCUUCUCUCAUUUUUGCUUUUGCACCAUCUCCAUGGUACCUGUAUCUAGCAAUUGGAGUGGGUGUUAUUGGUGGCAUAUCAGGACCACUAUGCCGUGCUAUUCUCUCUACCACUGUACCAUCUAAUGAAAUAGGUAAAGUUUUCUCCAUAAUAUCAUCUCUGGAAUCUCUGACCCCUCUUGUUGCAUCUCCAUUGUACACAUUAGUUUACAAUAAAACAUUGCAUACCUUUCCUGGCGCAUGUUUUAUCUUGUCUGCAGGCUUGUUUUUCAUCGACAGUUUGAUUUUGGGUGUUGUGUAUACAAUUCAGCGAUUUUUCAGUGCAGAACCUCAAUACACUGCCUUGAUAGAGGUAGAGUAAAUGAUUUGCCAUUUCUACUUAAAACAGAGCUUGUUCAAAAGAAACCCAGACAUAAGUUUUCAUGCUAAGGUACAUAUGGAUGCUAUAUCCCUUACUCAUUUAAGUAACUGUCUCUUAAGUGAGCUCGAUAAUGCAUGGCAUUUUCCGAAAAUUUUGCUAUCUAAAGGUGCUAAAAUGCUUUCACAGCUGCUUUGUGAGGUCAAAGGUGAAGCUGUGUAGUGCAUUAUUAAACAAACUAAAUCUUUGAGACUGAUUGGGGCUGUGUUUCAGACUGGUAUUAUUGCUUUUAAAAAAUACUUUUUAACUGAUUGAUUUUAUUAAUGCUUUUAAAAAUACUUAUUCACUUAUCGAUUUUAAAUUUUUGUUAGUUUUAAAAUUUACUCACUUUUUAAAAAAAAUUGAUUUAACUUUCAAUUUUGCAAUCAUUAAGUUUUGCAUUGGAACUAAUGUUAGUUUUGCAGUUGCCAGGUACCUAUCCGGUGGCCUCAUUAAACAUCUAAUAAUGUUGAUAAUAUCAAGGUAAGCUUUAUCGCUUUAAGAAUAAGACUAGCCAGUUGCACAAUGCACUACAUACUGGUUGGUGGGAUGGCCUCGGAUGUUGCAUGAUCCUGGUGAUGUUGCAUGAUCCUGCACAAAAUGUGUAACGUAUCAACACUGGUGAGAGGGUGAGGAAAUGAGUAGAGAACCUAUUUUGUUCUUUUUACAUAACACACCCAAGCUAUCUACAAAAUUAAAUACACCAAUCCCUCACUUAACAUGACUAAUGUGUUCCUAAAAAUGUUUGUGUUAUUCAAACUCGUGUAUUAUGAAGCAGUAGUCUCCAUAAAUAGCAAGGCUAAUAUAAUUUACUUAAUGUGUUCCAAAAUGUGUAGGGAAAGAUUCUUUACAUAAUAUAAAUACAUAGAAUAACACUCAGCGAUAAAUAUGUCACACCAUUUAUCUUUAUAAGCCUACCAUCAGAUACGUUGUAUGACAUACGACACUGGAGAUGGGUGAUUAUGUACUUAUCGUCAGUUGGCUGGUUGGCUUGCCUGCUCAGGCAUGACCUUCAAUUCAUGUUGUGUACCUUUCCACAAACUUUCCAAACCAUCCUUUACUGGCAGUGAAACGAAUAUUACUGUCCGAAUAUUUACAUUUUAAUUUUUCAAAAAUUAAAGUGCUUGUUCGCGUAUCACCACUUGGUUCACACCAAUCCUGUCAGGCCCAUGAUUAUUUUUUCAUUGUACCAUUUAACAACCUUUUCCAUGUAAAUCGUCUGUUCAUUUCCGUUGCGGGAUCUAAUGUCAAAUAUAUUCCCGCUAGUACAACCAACAGCAUCAGACUUUUGUGCACAGUUGACUUACUUAAAACUAAAGUGCGACCAACAUAAGUGUGGCCUUCAUAACAUUCUGCUUGCCUUAAUGCUUCUAGUUUUGACUCAAAUACUUGAACACGAUGCAUUAUGCUCUCACUUGGAAGCCAUGAUUCCACUAUGAUUCCAACUGCAGGUGCUUGCGCACGCAAGUUACCGGCAGACGAAUGGGCAGACGUUGCUUUGUUUUGUGCAUGCUGGACUGAAGUUCUUCACAGCCUGGUCUGUGGCCGGGCGACAGCGGUACAGCCCGGCGGCAUAUGCACGGACAUAAAAACAUUUGGUCCUGUACACUCCAAGCCGCAACUGAACUUACCAUAGCUGAUUUUUGUACACAGACAAUAGCUUAGUCAGACCUGUGCACGCAUCUCUUUCCCCUUGUAUGACUAAUGUAUGCCAUUGUACAUCUGUUGUUUACUAAGUUGAAGCAGACUUCGUGGCGUCAUGCCUGACUUUUUUUUUGCCUGUGGUGAUUUUGUGCUAACUGAAAUGUACAGAUGUGCUAUUCAAGAUCGGGACAGUAAAAUUAACAUUGUGCUAAAUGGAUUUGCGCAUUUUUAAGAUGUACUAAGUGAGGGAUUGGUAUAAAUGCUUUAUUGUAACACAUUUGCUAUUGCUCUAUGCCAUUAGUUUGAUUCUGCAGUUUCCAUCAUUGUUUGUAAUUUCAGUGGUACUUUAGUCGUGGUUAUUGCUACAGAAUUUUUCUUAAAGUUUCCCUUGUGCCACAGAAAUUGAUUGCUUCCUUCUCAAUUCGUGCGUGCUUCUACUCAAUAUUCCACAAUCAAAUAAAUGCAAUUUAAACUUCUUAAUUGUAGUUUACUUUGUAUAUCUAAUUUUUUUUUUUUGGCUGGAGGUUGUUGAUAGUGUUAAUGUUUUUGGCCACAGUGCCUUCUUACUUUGGUUUAUACUAUUAAUUUUAAUGAUUUAAAGGAGCUAUCAACAUUAAUGAAAUUUUUACGAUUAUUAUUAAUAUAUCAAACACUCCACUAGAGUGAAAGGAAAAGUAUUUAGAGUCCUUCCUAGAAACACGGGACCAUAUCUAGCUUAGUAGCACUUUUACACCAUUUUGCCAGCAUAAUGCGUUAUCAUGGCACUGUGUUAAUUGUUUUAUUUCUAAAUAACUGUGCUGCAUGUUUCAGUUUUUAUUUUUUAGUAUAAAUUUUUUGAAACAUAAGGACUAAUAACAGUGAAAUCGAACAUGAACAAUACAUAUUAGUGUCAGAAGCAGACAAAGACAAACAUGAAGUAAUCGUGAACCUGCGCUACCAACAAUAAGACAAAACAACUCAAACUGGCAUGAACAUGAAGAAUGUGUUGUAUUGCAUAAAUCUGAAGAAAAAUUGUGUUGUCACCUGAGUGAACUUUAUUCCAACUUUACCAUGUAGCAUUUUAAUUUAUAAACUUUCACCACAGCCAGCGUGUAAUGAUGUUUUGUGCUAAGACAGAUUUUGAGAAGCAAUAGCUGGCAAACAUUACAAUUAGAGUAUCUGCUACUAUUUGUUGCAUUUAAACAAUUUGUGUAUUGGGUAAACUGGUACCAUGACAAAUGCAAUAUCCUGAUGUAUUUUUUACACACUUAUACAGUAAAUUUUUGUAGCUUCAGGACUACUGGUAAUUUCCCCAAGAUGAUCAGUAUUAUACAAGUUGUAGAAGGACUGGUGAACUACCACUACAACUCGGGUUCGGUAACUGUAGAUACUCCAGGUAGCUGUAAAGUUGUAUAUAAUGUAACUACCUCACCAAGUCUGUCUAUAUGUAGCAGCACAAUUCAGAAGACAUCUUCCCGCACUACAAUUCGGAUUCAACCAUUGUGGUAGGAAGACAAGGUCAUGUCGACUACCUUAGUAUGAUGCUAGAAAAAUCAGACAUCCUGAAUUACCGUUAUUUAUAGGCAAAUAUGUGUACUCGCGAUUGUCGCGACUCCUCUAGUCCCCAGCGCAGGAUCCAAAAGGAAUUUGGAUCACCCCACACACUGGAGACGUCUAUCACGAUGUAAUGUCUGCCAUUCUUGUCUGGAAAGUUAUAUUCCAACUAAUUGGCUGAUCAAAGGGUAAUACAGUUAGGAGGAAAAAUAUGUAUGAUAUUUCUGACACCAGAUAAACUGUGGAAAAGUGAAAUUAAUUGAAGAACAUGUCUUAGGUGUAAGCAUAGCUUAAAAGGGAAAGCUAAUACCUUCACGUAUUCAACCUACUUACAUACAUGUGUUUUGGGUUUCUGUGUUUGUCAAAAAUAAGGCUACUACUGUAACUUUUAUUUUAAACUAUUUUUAAGAAUUUAGCAUAAUUAUUAGUCCAUAGUUAACACUUGGGUAUGUUUUGCAAUGGCAUUUAAUGGAAACAAGCAUCUUGAAGGACACUCAAGAAAUUUACUUCAGAUGAUGAUUUUGAAUGUAAUGACUGACUGCAGUUCAGAUGUUCUGCCAACCAACGAGUGUGUUUGAGAGUCAGACCAAUCUGAAAAUGAUUGUGUGCUUCCAAUGCCUCAUGCUACAGUUGGAAUAGCUGUUAGCAACUGGAGUUCAAAAAUCAGCUGUAUUUGCACAGUAUUAUUACACCAAAACAUCAGGGUAUUAAUAGUCAAGUAGAGCACUAAAUCAGAGGUGUACUUGAUUUUUUCCAGUUAUUUUUUCUGAUACUAUUCUUCAAGAAAUUGUUGGUAAGACAAACAAAAACUGUAUUGAUAUAAAUAUAAGGCAAAAUUUUUUGCUAGUUUUAGAAACUUUAAACCCAGAGAUAUGAUCAUUUCCUCAAAAAAAAAAUUGAAUAUUGAUGGUUGUUAACAUUUAAUCACAACCAAUUCAACCAUAAGUACAGAAGACUAUGCUGUAUGCAGCAGAGAAAGAAAGAAUCUGUUUAGUUUUAAAACAGUUUCAUUACUCUGGACUAAAAUGAGUAUUCUAUUUAAAUAUGUUUUAAGUGUGCUGGACACAAAAGUGCGCAAAGUGCACCGUAAGUCACAUGUGAAACUGACUCCAAGCAUGAUUUGUGUGAACUGUAGAAUAAAUAUAGAUAGUUACAGAGCAAAUUUAUGCUACUGCAUAACGUGCGAGUACUGUAUAUACAUCUUUGUGUAGGAAAAACAUAUGUAGUUAUACUGGUGGUGCUGAAUUGCGAAAUAAGGUAUUUCCAAAGUUUGUACAACUUUUUUAAUUGAUGUUGAGUGUUUGUGGAUAUUUUUAUGAUGAUGAAAUGAGAAUAUCAGUUUUAAAUUAUGAAUAAGUAUAAAGCAGUUUUAGUCUACAUAUUGAUUGUGCUGCUAUAUUCAUGUGUAUGUGAAAGAAGUCAAUUCUUCUCAGUUUUUUUCAUAUAAUAGGAUAUAUAGUAUAGAUUAUAUGUUAGGUAUACAUCCAUGAUGUCGAUUCUUCAAGCAAUGUGUUACCUGUGUAGUCAUAGCGUAUGUUAGCCACAAAAGAUAGCUACUGCUUAGUUACAUCCUUGUUAUAACCUUGUAUUCACUCUACUGUGCCACCAUUGACUUCACAUGCUGCAACUUCACGUACUUCACAUUGUGAGAAUCAUGUGUGCCUCAAAGCUUGGAUUUCCUGUGAUGUUAUUAUUGCUACAUUACCUAACUUUUGAGACUUGCUUGUUUUUAUUGUUGCCAGCUCCUCUUUAGUAAAUUAUUGAAGAAAAUUAGUUUAGAUAUAAUUUUGUCUAAAAACAUUGACAUUUAAUGAGUUUAUUUUGCUUGAAAUAUACAUCUAAUUGCCUAUUAAAAAAAUGUACUUUUUAACUAUAGUCAGAUAUGAUUUUUGUGUUGUAGCAGUUUUUUUAUUAUUACCUAUGUCUGACGGUAUGCAGAAUAUUUUUUAUACAUACAAUUUAACACUACCCAUGCUUAAUAAUAGACUUAAAAUACCACUUAAAUAUUUUUAGUAACAGAAACAUUUACAGAAUACCAGUAUUCAUAAAUUAAUUUCUACUGAAAUUAUCUUUUUUAAUUGCAUGGGUUUUAUUUUGAUUAUUAGUUUAAAAUUGUGGAAAUUGCUCUAUGAUAAAACUAGGAAAAGCUUUAUCAGUUUUAAUGUAAAGGGCUGGUGUAUAAAACAUAUUAAACUAAUUACUAUUUGAUACUAAUUGGGAACUAACUAUUAUUUUGCAUGUAUGGUGGAUGGCUAUGCUUGUUUAAUUUUUUAUUUCAUGGGUAAUUGAUGAAAUUGGGUGUAUUUCUAUUAAACAAGCAUUAUAAUGUUUUAUUUAAAAAUAAUUAACAUUCCAAUAAUAUCAAUUUGUUAUAAAAAGGGUAUUGCCUGCCAGAAGGUAGUUCACAUUUAGCUAUUAAAAGUAAUUCAUAUAAUUAGUAACUUUUUUUUAUGUAUUAGUAAACUGAUGUACGAAAAGUACCAAUAAAUGUUUAUCUCUGAUUUUGUUUUGUGAUUACA